AUGACAUCAAAUGAGGCGCGCGCGUUUAAGCGAGUCGUGCUCUACAGCGACGCAGAAAAGGACGCGUCGCUGGAUCAGUUGAACGAAGCGGACAAGAACAAAGCACUCAUUCUCCGCGGGAUGCUCUCACACGCCAUUUUGCAAACUGUACUGACCAAGCGGCAUCGAGUGAAUUACGGAGCGCACCCGACGCGAGCGGGCUGCCGCAUGGCGGUUCCUUACACAGCAAAAGACGUCGCUGCGCCACGAACGGAAUUCCAGCAACCAGACUUGGCGAUCGCUCUCACCUUCAUGACGUACUACCAGGAUGGGCUCUCGCGUGAGAACCUACGCGAAGUUUUCAC